UGGAAUGUGGGUCUGCUUGUAGAGUAUCACAACAAGAAAUGACAAACGAAUAUCGACAAAUGGGAACGAAGUUAAAUGAUUUAGCAAUUGAAUUACAAAAGAACUUUGGAGAUGAUAUUGAAUUAGAAGAAAAUGACAAAUUCCCUGGAGUAAUGAAAGAAUUUGUUGUAAAGGCAAAAGAAAAGUUUGAAAAUUUACAGAUGGAAUACACUGAGAUGGAAGUUGCAUAUAAGGAUGUUGUAGCAUACUUCGGAGAAGAUCCUAAAAAUACUAAACCUGAUGAAUUUUUCGGUAUAUUUAAGACUUUUAUCACUAGCUUUGAGCGGGCAAGAACCGAUAAUAAAGCAAUAAAAGAACGCGAAUUAGCUGCUAAAAAACGAAAAGAGGAAAUGGAACAGCGAAAGAAAUUGGCUAAUAAUAAGCAUAGUUCAGGAGUGCAAGGAGUGCAAAUGACAGGUCAAUCAAGUCCAACAGAUGAUAAGCAUUUAAUGGACAACUUACUGGAAACGUUACGCGAUGGCAGGGAUUUAGAAACUCGAUCAAAGAGGAGAGGAAAAGGAGGCAAAGAAGGGGGAGAUCUAAGAGUUUCUAGGAGCAUGAGCAUCGCAAUUAGAGCUGAAGAUAUACUAAAAAGAUUGAAAGAGGAUUCUGCUCUACCGCCGUUGCCAGAAAUGCCAAAAGAAAUUAUUGCAGAAUAA